UGCGGCCCAUUUGCUGAGGCGCUAGGCCCAGACCAAAAACUAAAUUUACGUGAAGCCCAAACUCUUCUAGUAACGGAACAACUGUCCGCACUCCGCAUUUGUUCGCUCCGUCGGUUCUGGUUCUAGGUUUAGAAAUCCCCAAAUCCCAUUUUUUUCCAAUCGAAUUCGAUCUUCAAUCGUCGGCACAGCCCUGCGCCGGCGCCGUCGACCACGGCGAUCUCCGGUGUCUGAUUGCUUUCGGAGGGAGGCAUGGAGGGCUGCUCCAAGACGACCGCCGGCGCGGGGGUGGCCGGCCUCCCUGACGACCCCGUGCUGGAGAUCCUGUCCCGCGUCCCUGCCAAGUCCGUCUGCCGGUUCAAGUGCGUGUCCAAGGCCUGGCGCGACCUCAUCGCCGACCCUAACAACCGUAAGAGGCUCCGCCACGCCAUGCAGGGAUUGUUUGUCCAGACGUACGCGGAUGAAUUGGAUGACGAGGAAUUGGGCAAGGAUGACUUGGGCCGUAUCAGGUUCCGUUUCAUCAACCUGACAGCAGUGAGAUCCGUGCCUCUGGACAUCGACCCUUGCUUCUCCUUCCUGACGGAAAUGACUGGGAUCAAGGCCUUCUUGUUGGAUUCCUGCAAUGGGCUUAUCCUUUUCGGGCAGAGUCAGGAUCCGUCUCUCCUAUUGCUAUUGGAUGGCUAUAUCGUGUGCAACCCAACCACAAGGCAAUGGUCUGCUGUGCCUGCUUGCGGCUCUAGGGAAGCGAUAAGCCACACCUAUUUGGCUUUCGAUCCGGUUGUAUCCUCUCACUUUCACUUGGUCCAGCUCCAGAUUCCUGAUGUGCAAGAGAAUGUAGUGUCGUUGCAUGUUUACUCGUCUGAAACUGGGACUUGGAGUCACAACCAAAUUGACAAACAAAAAGAGCAAGGACAAUUGGAAGGGUGGCAUCAUCAGUUUACACUAGACCCUCUUCAGCAUCAGUGUGCCUUUGUUAAUGGCUUCCUACAUCUGAUAGUUUGGGGCUCAAAUGUACAUCACAUACUUGCUGUAGAUGUACAAGGGAAGGCAAGAAGGAUGAUCACUGUGCCAGGUCUGGCUGAUGGGAGACACGAGCACAACUUUGUUUGUUAUUUCGGUCAAUCCCAAGGGCACCUACAUUGCAUGAUUCUAGAGUCUGCUGAUAAAAAGAAUGUGGAACUAUCCACCUGGGUUCUUCAGGAUUAUGAUACACAAGAAUGGGUGUUGAAAAACACUGUGAACUCUUUGGAUGUCUUUGGAGAUAUGGGUGGAGUGCUAGAGUUUCAAGUGAUUUACAUUCAUCAAGAUUGUAAUUUGGUUUUCAUUUUUGAUCAGUUGAACUAUGAGCUGGUAGCAUACGACAUGGACCGUAAGGAAGCGAGUGUUAUUGCCACUUUGGAAGAUGACAAAACCCAAUCUGAUUUUGCUCGUUACAUUCCCUAUUUCUCAGAAUCACCAGCUCUCACAAAUAAGUACUGAGUGUGUGCUCUAAGUAUGAGCUAGCGGCUUGGUUAAAUAACAGUAGACUCAUGUGAAAUGUUCUGCUUGUGCUUGGAUGUAUGCCUUCUUAAUUAGUACUGCAAGCCUGUUGAGACAUUGGAUGUAUGCCUUUCAUGCUUUUGAUCUAAUUAGUACUGCAAGCUUGUUGAAACAUUUAUAUAGUGUACCUUUAGGGAUGCUAAUUAUAUUAAUGAAUAUUGUUGCACAAGUUGAACAAUUUCGACUUUUGGUGAUAAGUUUUAUGA